AUAUGAAAAUAUACGAAGCGAAAAGUACCGAAUGAAAAUAAAAAUAUAUAUAUAUUAUACUAAAAUGUUUUGUAGCGUUUACAAUCUAUUUAUUACAUUGCUAGCUAGUGUUUUAAUGCGUGGCAGCCUAUAUGUCCAUGGCAAUUUAGAAAAUGAAUUCAAACAUGUGACUUGUGGAAGUGGUGUGAAACUACUCAAUCCAUACCAUCGAGUUAGACUGCAUUCUCAUGAAGUUAAGUACGGAUCAGGUUCUGGCCAACAGUCUGUAACUGGUGUAGGAAAUCAGGACGACAUCAAUAGCUUAUGGGUUGUGAAAGGAAAGAUGGGGACACCAUGCAAACGAGGGAAUCCAAUCAAAUGUGGUAGUACAAUCCGUCUUGUCCAUCAAACAACCAAACGUUUCCUCCACAGUCAUCUGUUUCAAUCACCAUUAUCAAACAACCAAGAAGUGAGCGCAUUUGGGGAGAAUGGUGUUGGUGAUGAGGGCGACCACUGGUCCGUCAUUUGCACCUCAAAAUAUUGGAACAGAAGUGAUAGAGUCCGCUUCAAACACACAUUGACUAAAAAGUAUCUGCACAUUACUGGGGAUACAUUUGGCCGACCAAUUAAUGGUCAAAGUGAAGUCAGUGCUUAUUCUAACACGGAACCAGGCAACGAAUGGGAAGCUGUGGAAGGCGUAUACAUACAGGCUAACUCGGACAAAUAAACAAUCCUUAAUGUAUAUAGUCAGACAUAGAUUGCUGGCAGGUAAUUUUUUUCAUAGACUCUAAACAGGAAUGCCAUUCAGAAAUUUCAUAGUUAUCAAGUUAUUAAAAUGUGCAUAUUUCAGGGGGGUGUAGUAUUUAAUAUGGGAUGUGACACUCACCCCCCCCAACAACCUGGCCGACAAUCUGCUUCUGAACAAUGCUUUCAAAGUAAAAUAGACUUUCAAUGUAGUUGCAUGAUUUUGCUUUGAAAAACAUAUAUAUGCAUGUACAUACAAACUGUCUUAUGAAUUUUUAUUAAACAUUUGUUAAACAUGUUAAAAUUUGUUUUUUAAUGAGAUGUUAUAGUUCAUCUGCUUCAUUCAGAUCUUCUGAUGAAAAUUAUUAGAAAAUUUGAAUCUCACAAU